AUGAAUUCUAAAAGAAAAAUGCGAUUGUUGAUUUUACUUUCUUUAUUGCUGAUAUUGACUGAGCAUCAUUUCAGUAUAAAGAAUCACCUACAGAAGAUGUAUGCCUGCUGGAAUGAUCAAGUGGAAGAACCCCAGCUCUCAGCCUGGUUUAAUUCUAAAAUGCGUCCUGAUGUUAUAACAAGAACUGACUGGUUUGCUCCAGUCAUAUGGGAAGGAACUUACAAUAGACAAGUCCUAGAAAACUAUUACAAGAAGCUGAAUAUUACAAUAGGCUUGGUUGUAUUUGCUCCUGAACAAUUUGUAGAUCACUACAUGAAAAAGUUUCUACAAUCUGCUAAUAAGCACUUUAUGGUUGGAUUUAAUGUUAUCUUUUACAUCUUUUUUGAUGGCAAAACCAAGCUUCCUUACAUAGAGAUGAGUCUUCUUCGAACAUUCAAGCUAUUUCCUCUAGUCAAUGAAAGCAUAAAUCAAGACAUUAGUAUCAGAACCAUGAAGAACUUCAACAUACACCUCGUGGACAAAAUUCAGUAUGAAGUUGAUUUUCUCUUCAUUAUGGCUGUAAACCAGAUCUUCAAGAAUGACUUCGGGGUAGAAGCCCUGGGAAAGUCUGUAGCUCAACUCCAUGCCUGGUGGUAUUUUAAAACUAUUAAUGAAUUUCCUUAUGAGAGAAGACAUAAAUCAGCAGCUUUCAUCCCCUUUGAACAGGGAGAUUUCUAUUACCAUAAAGCCAUUUUUGGUGGCACACCCCAGGAAAUUUUAGUCUUCUUUACACAGUGUAUAAAAGGAAUUAAAAGUGACAUCAGAAGAAAAAUUAACAGCCUGUAUGAAAGCCAUCUAAACAAAUAUUUUUUUGUCAACAAACCCACUAAGCUGUUAUCACCAGAAUAUAAUUGGGACCCUAAAUUUAAAACUCCUCCACAAAUUAAACAUGUUAAUAUAGCAUGGCAGUCAGAAAUAAUUUGA